AUGGAGCUUGCGUUCAGGUGUCUGAUGGGGUGGGAGAAUCCCGCCGUCGUCGAUUUUGGCCCUCCUCCUCGCGGGCCACCUGCACGCCGUCCGGUCCACCAACCGCGCGAGGUCAACCGCGCGGCCAGGCGCGGCAUUUGGAUCGGCCGUGCCAUCCGCGCAGGCGCCGUCAACCUCUUUCUAUUCCUCCCCGAAACAACUAUAGGCAAGUUCUGCCCCGCCUGGGGAUUGUUUACGGCCAUCUAUUUCUCCUUCCUGGACCAGAACGUGUUGCACAACGUGGGCGAAGAUAGGAUCACCACCACCCUGGAAUACCUUCUCUUAACUUGCGCCCAAAUGUGCUACUUGGUGGCCAUGUUGCCACUUGUCAUGUUCUACGUCAGACCCAUGGUUACGGUGCUCGAACCGGUACGCUGGCAAAUUACUCGGGCGAUUGAUUACUGUGUGUACCGGUUCUGCAAGUGGGUGGCAAUGAGGAUGACCAACGACCUCGACGACGAGGCACGACUCGAGUGCUUGGAGAUGCUCGAGUAUGCCGACACCUUCGGAGCGGCGAGACGCGUUCAGAUGAUUGAUGAGGUGCUGAAGAGGGUGAAUGAACUCUACGACGAGGCUUUGGAGAAACACCGUGCGAAACUCGCUCCUCCGUCCUCGGAAUAG